AAUGGACAGAAUGCAUCAUUCUGGAAGGAAGCAAUGUUCCAGGUCACACUGAGUCUGCCAAAUGCAGACCCUCACAAUAGUUCUAGGAGAAGUCUGGACAAAUCUUACUAUGUGGUGUUUCUACGCAUUUAUUCCAUGUUUGCUCAUAGAUGGAGUGGCCAUUCUGCCUGCGCCCCAGAACCUCUCUGUACACUCAGUCAACAUGAAGCAUCUCCUGACAUGGAGCCCAGUGACCGUGCCUGGAGAGACAGUAUACUAUUCUGUUGAGUACCAGGGGGAGUAUGAGAGCCUGUACACGAGCCACAUCUGGAUCCCCAGCGGCUGCUGCGCACUCACUGCAGGCCCUGAGUGUGACGUCACUGAUGACAUCACGGCCACUGUGCCAUACAGUCUCCGUGUCCGGGCCACGCUGGGCCCACAGACCUCAGCCUGGAGCACCUUGAAGCACCCUUUUAAUCGAAACUCAACCAUCCUCACCCCACCUAGGAUGGAGGUCACCAGGGAUGGCUUCCACCUGGUUAUUGAGCUGGAAGAUCUGGGUCCCCACUUUGAGUUCCUCGUGGCCUACUGGAGGAGGGAGCCUGGUGCAAAGGAGCAUGUCAAGGUGGUGAGGAGUGGGGGCAUUCCAGAGCACCUGGAAACCAUGGAGCCAGGGGCUACAUACUGUGUGAAGGUCCAGACAUUGGUGAAGGCCAUCGGGAGACACAGUGACUUCAGCCAGGCAGAAUGUGUUGAGGUGCAAGGAGAGGCCCUCCCCCUGGUGCUGGCCCUGUGCGCACUUGCUGGCUUCGUGCUGAUCCUCGUGGUUGUGCCGCUCUCUAUCUGGAAAAUGGGCCGGCUGCUCCAGUACUCCUGUUGCCCCGUGGUGGUCCUCCCUGACACCUUGAAAAUAACCAAUUCACCCCAGAAGUUGAUCAGCUGCAGAAGGGAAGAGGUGGAUGCCUGUGCCACAGCCGUUCUGUCUUCUGAGGAACUCUUCAGGGCCUGGAUCUAGUGGGCUUGGGGAAGAGCUCAGGUGAAGCUGUGCACCUGGUCUGCAGGACACAGGAACCCUGAGGGGAAAGGCUGUGUUUCUGUUUUCUUCCAUUGACAAGGGACGAGAGAAGUAAGAGCCUGCUGUGUCCAUGUCUAGAAGCGACUGUCAGAGGCAGAAUAGUUUGGUCAACAGAGCACUGACUGGGGGUCAGGGGAUGUGACCUCAGACCUGGAGCUGCCAUUUGCUAACUAAGUGACUUUGGGGAAAGCAACUUAAUCCCUGUGGUCCUGUUUUCUUAACUGUAAUGGGGGAAUCAACUCCAUACCUGUUAAUCUCUCUCUCUCUCUCUCUCUAUAUAUAUAUAUAUAUGCACACACCUCACAUAUAUACACCCAGCACUCUCAGGGCUGUAGGGAAACUGGUGCCACUGUAUGCUGUGAUUGGUUCAGCUUUUCAGGAGAGCAGGAUGUAAGUGUGUAAUAGAACAAUCAAAGGCUCUACACACUAGUUGGCUUGGAGGUCACUUUCCCAGAGGAAGCCCUGAAGAGGGAAGGCAGGAUGGGAGCAGGGGCACUGAUUUUGCUUCAGGCCAGAUGCCUGUGCAGAGGGCAGUGGCCCAGCAAGCUCUGCAGUAGGUGGCCUGGAGAGAGGCCACAGCUGGCUGAAAUGGGACGUGCAGAGCACUGUGGGUCUGGGAAGUGCUGUGAGGUGUAGACAGUGUGUGCGCACUGAGGACGCAGGUAGAACGUCUGUGCAUGAUGAGACUGGAAUGCAGAAGCAUGUCAAUAACAGAACCCUUUCCUCCUGUAGAGCUGCUAAAAUGCAGAAUUAAAAAUAAAAAGGGGUCUGCCUGGGUAAUCCUUUUGGUUCUUGCCAAAAAAAUGGUCCUUAGAGUUCUAGUUACAUCGUCAACCUUGACUCAAGAGAGGCCCCAAAGGACACUUUGUCAGGAGUGCGGGUGACCCCAGGUAGGGCUGGGGCCAGGGAGGAACAGUCAGUCCUCUGCACACAGCCCCCGGGAAUCCACAGCCAGGGGCUGCCUGGGGUGGGGGGCAGCCUCCAGCUGCAUGAGAACCCCAACCAAGGCAGCUGGCAAAAGUGUCACCUUGGUAGGGUGCUCCCGGGUCUUUCCUGGCACCCUCACUCCACAGGAAAUCCCUUGGGGACCCUCUUUUCCUUGAGACAGCUCCUCAGGGUGUCCUCAGCCCCUUCCAGUCUACUCAUUCAGGACCCACCUCUGAAAGCCUCUACCCACUGUCCCCUCCAGGUGAAGAAAAGAGCGAAGGUCAGAGGAGGAGUGCGGGGCAGUUCCCCAAGGGGUGCAAGGACUGAUGAGCAGGGCCUGAGCCUCGCAUCGCUCGUUAGUCCCCACUCCCAGCUCUGGCGCCUCUGGGUUGGUUUGUCUCCACCCCCACUUCCUGGGCCCCUUCCAGCCAGCCGGGUGGUGGAGACAGUCUAACUGCUUCAGCCAGGUGUUUCCCCCACAAGACAGGGGCGCACAAGCCCAUGUCCACCUGGUGGGGCUCAGUAGACAGAGGGUGCAUCUCUCCAGGGGCAUGAGAUUGCUGAAGAGCUUUUCUUUUGUACCAUUUUUCAUGCUUCUGUGUUGACUCUUUUUAUGAAGAGUGUGUGUUCAUUUCAUAUUUGGCCUAAAGUGGAAAUGAAUUUUCAUUUUGCAAAA